UAUGAAAUGCAUAAUUUUCAAAUGUUUCACAAAAUUAAAGUGAAACUUUCCAUGAAAUAUUUCAUGUGUAACACGUGACGGCGGUAAUCUAUACCUAACCUUACUUACUCGAUCUUAAUUUUUGUUUAUAACGUUUAUAAGUUUUAACCGGUUUAUUUAUUUUAAAUGAGUCUUUGUACAGUGUGUUGUAAUGCAUAAUAUUUUUAAAAUGUAGAAAAUUAAUAUAUAAUCGUUAGUUUUAAUUUUUGUGAAUGAAUUUUAUUAGAAUAAACAUUGUGAUAUAAAAACAAUGGAAGAGGCAAGUGUCACUGAUCAAAAUAUGUCAACAAUGUCAGCACCAACAGAUUCUGAUGAAAAUGAAAAAUACAUUAAAAAUGCUGAAGGGAUGUGGGACGUUAUUUACGAACCAAUAAUAGAAGUUUUCUUUGAAAAUAAAAUGAUAAUAACAGAUGAAGAUAUUCAAAAGCUUUUGCAAACUUUUUUACGAUCUGAUUUAAAUAAUAUAUUGAUUCCUGCUUCCGGAAAUGGUAUAUUGUUUGAAGAGCAUCUAAAGCGUCAUUCAGCACUUUUAACAUGGUUAUUUGGAGUAUUGUUUGCUUUAAUUGGCAAUUCAGGAGAUGAAAUUGUACUUCAACACAGUAUUGAUUUACAAGCAAAAAUGUUAACAUUACUUAUUACAAAUGAUAUAAAAAUAUAUACGUCUAUUAUGGCUGAAUAUAUAGAAAUUCUUGAAGAAUUAGUUAGAUUUCAAAAGCUCUAUGAAGGUAAAAAAAAACUUACAUUACACAAAUUUAAAAGUGAUAUAAAUUUAAUUGGCAAAAUGGAAUUGAAAUAUUUACCUGUGACAAUAAGAUGUUUGGACUCAACUCAAGAAUACAUUUUACGGAUUAUGCUUAAAACAAGAAUUCAUAAAUGGAAUUGUAUAUUUCCACUUUGGGAUAAUAUUAUCGAUGUUCUAUCGUAUUCGUCACAAAAAACAAAAAUUAUUUCCUUUACUGUAAUAUUUCAAUUGCUUGAAUUUGAAUUUGUAAAUGAUAUAGAACUGGAAAGAAUGUUUAAAUAUGCGACAGAAAUGAUUAAUUUAAUUCCAAAAUGGCAUGCAGAGGGAAUUAUUUUAAAGGAUCUCUUACAAGAAUGUCCAAGAGUUUUUUCGAAAUUGCUUACAAUUUCCGGUUUAUUAAAACCAAAUGCUCAAACAGCAAGUUUAUGUUUAGCGCUAGUCAAUUUAAUGGUUGAGAAAAUUAUCGGAAAUGAAUUAAAACAAGAAAUUUAUAAUUUAAUUUACGAAUAUCAAAAGUGUAAUUACAUAUUUCAUCUAUUAACUGAUUAUCAAUGUAUUGUUUAUUCGGAAAUUUUACCUGAUUUCAAUUCAAUUCUUCUGAAUGAUGUAUUGACGGAUGUAAAAAAUUAUUCAACAAAUAAUGAAAUUGUUAAUGUAACAAAAAUUAGUAAAUUAUGGGCAAAUUUACGUUUAACAUUUAUGGAAAAUCUUGAAAAGAAAAAUUUUUCCUAUAUUAUUGGCUUUUUUGAAUCAACAAAUUUAUUGUAUCAUUGGUUCAUUGAAGAGAAUAUAAAAGCACAAUUAUUCGAUGAUGAUAUAAAUGUUAUUUAUAAAUUUUUAUUGAACAAUUUAAAUGAAAUGAAUCCAAUAAUUAAUUCAAUGGUAUUUCAAUGUUUUAUUUGUCUUAUAAAUCAUUAUGAAUUGUCUAAAGAGAAAAUAUUCAGUUUUUUAUCGCUGCCAUGGAAAAAAAAAGAUUUUGAUUCAAUGGAUGGUGAUAAUGAUUAUCAAAAUAUUGGUAAUUCAAUUAAUUUUGAAACAAAACUCAUGUGUCUUGAAACAAUUUGUCGAUAUGGAUCGGGAAAAAUUGGUUUAACAUUAUUAAAAGAAUGUAUAUCAAAGUCUGAUGUUCAAUUUUCAAUUGCUGCCAUUCCAAAUUGUCUACUAUUAGCAAAAGAUAAGAAUAUCCGAAUAGAAGAUAUUUUGAAAUUAAUGUUCUCCACACUUUCCUGCAAUUCUUCAGAACUACAUGAAAUUGUUGCUAAAACUUUAGGUGAAUUAAUUUGCCUUCUAUCGAAACAUGCAACGCUAAUAAGAGAAUCGUGGAAUAAAUCGAAUUUAAUUGUAAAAUGUGAUGUUUGUGAUAAACCAGAAAAAGGAAAUGAUUCGAGAAUUUAUAAUUUAUCAUCAAAAUGUGAAACAAUAAUAACAUCAUUUUUUAAAACAUUAAUGCCAUCAAUUUGUGAGAAAAUACGUCUUCAAAUGUCAAAUAAUUUUCUUCGUUUUUCAAAUCAUAUUAAAGAAUUUAAUACAAUUAAAACGGCAAAUCUUUGGUUACCUUAUAUAAAUGACAAAAAUCCACAAGUACGACGUAAUAUUGGCAAAGUAAUUGGUUAUUUAUUGCAAAAUAAUAUUGCACAAUUGCAACAAACACAUAUUUUAUCGGAUGAUGAUGUACCAAUUGAAUUAGAUAAAUUUGUCGAUUCAGUUAUAAAUAUUUUACAUAUCUCAAUAAUAGAAGCCACCGAUAAAAGGGAUACAUUGAUGCUUAACGAUUUAAUUAUUACAGCAACAAAAUUUGCAUGUGUUGAACUUUAUUUAACGGAAAAGCGAAUUCUCAGUCUAUUUGUUUACAUAAUAUUACAUCCGAAUUCAAUUACAAAAGAAAUUGUUUUAGCAAGUCAGGCAUUUGAACAAGUAGCUGAAUUCUAUCAUCUUCUUCCAAUGCAAAUGUAUGUUCGCUAUCGAAAACAUUUUCUAAAUAUAAUAGUACAGAUGUCAGUGAAAAAUUUGUUGAAUUACAAUUUCCAUCUUGUUAAAUCUCUCUAUAGAAUUUCUCAUGUUAUUGGAUAUGAUGGACCGUUACAAUUAUUGAAUAAAGAACAACAUUUAAUUAUUUCAUAUUUAAUUCCUUAUAUUGUGAAAAAACCAAAAGUAAUUUCAUUGUUGGAAAAUAUUGUUGAAAGAGUUGAUCGUGAAAAAGAAGUAUUGUUAAAAAAAUAUUUUCCUUACAUUUGCGUUCAUUUGUUACUCGACGUCGAACAAGAACUCGGUGUGAAAUGUUUGAAUUUCGUUUUGAAAACAACUAAUUUGAGUCUACGAACAUUAAUGAACGAUAUUAAUUUUAUGGCAAUAUUCGAUCAAUUACUUUUGCGAUUUAAUGAAAAAGAGGAUGUAAUCGAAUGUCUUAAAAUGAUUUUACAAUGGAAGGGUGAAUCAGUGAAAUUUGAAAAAAAGGAAGAAAUUACGGAAUAUUUGAAGCCAUUUUUACAUGGAGUUUUAGUAACGGCAGAAAUAAAUCUAAGACAAAUAGUCGAUGAGGAAAGUCAACAAUGUGCAAUUGCUUCAUUAGUGACUUUAAUUCAUUUUAUGGGACCACAAUACAUAACGCCAUUGCGAUAUAAAUAUUUGUCGACACUUCGAAUGCUCCUUCAAUUUACAAGGCCUGGUUUUAGAAAAGUAACAUUUCAAGCAUGGGACGCAUUUAUUCGCAACACUUUGAUUGAUGAUUUAGGUACUUUAUUGCCGGCAAUUUUUUCAUCGAUAGUACCUUUAUUAGAAACAUUUCCUAAGGAAACAAAUGAAAUGCUCGAGUAUUUAAUUAUUAAAAAUGAAGGAGCUUUAUCGCCAUAUAUACCGGAAUUAUUUUUUAUCGAAGACAUCAAUGUUUCUGCAAGUAUUUCAAAUGUUGUGACAACUUGCAUCAAACGAAGGAGAUCGGAGUGUAUUAAAGAAGAUCUUGGAUUAUGGAUAAAUAGAAUAGGCCAUGAAAUUGAUAGUGUACGUUUACGAGCUUUGAUACAUUUGAAACCAUUUUUGGCAGAAAAUCGUAGUCAACUCAAUGGAUUAAUUCUCACCAAUGCAAACGUUCAUCCUUUGAUUCUUGAGCUACUAGAUAUGCUUAUAGCCGGAUGUCGUGAUAAAGACGAGGAAAUUCAAUUAGCUUAUGGUGAAUGUUUAGGUGAACUUGGAGCAAUUGAUCCUAGUUUAUUACCUAAAAGAAUUGUAUCAAGAGAGGACAGUAAAUUUAUUUCGGAUGUAAAUGAAGAAUUUGCGUGCGCUGCACUUAUUGAAUUUGCAAGAGGUUUUCAAAUGCAAACAAAUUCACAUGACGCUGAUUGUUUUUGUCUUGCAAUUCAAGAAAUAUUAAAAGUCUACGAUAUUUCACCAAAUAAUUCAAAAAAUUCAUUUUGGGAAAGUAUGCCAUAUACAGUUCGAGAAAUGAUUUCUCCAUUUUUCACUUCUCAUUAUACAAUGGGAGUUUUUGAAAGUAAAAUUAAUUAUCCUCUUCCAAUUUACGGAACCGAUAUGAGCACCACUUUUGAAAAAUGGGCGUUCAAUUGGGUGAUGAGCAUGUUUAAACAACUUCCCGAUUCGAAGCUUAAAAGUAUUUUAAAAACCUCAUCACCAGCUUUAAAACGAGAUGUGAAAAUUGUGGAAUUUUUUAUUCCUUUCAUUGCAACCUUUAUUAUUGGAAAUGGUAAAGAAAAAGAGUGGAAGAAAAUUGCUGAUGAAAUGUUAGCUGUUAUAACUGAAAAAGAAAAAUCAACGGAUACACUUUUGAAUACUCGACCUUUAUAUAAUGGAACUAGGGAAUCAAAAAAUACGAGAGUUUCCGAUAAAGCCAAACAUGUUAGAUGCUCGCAGGUAGUUUUUUCAAUACUUGAACAUUUGCAAAGGUGGUUAAGAGAAAAGCGAUUAAAUCAAGAUGAACAGUACAAAUCAGUACAAGAAUUUUGUAAAAUAUUUGAUGGUUUUGUCCUUGCUGAAGGUUCAUACAAAACAUACGAAUUUCAUCAAGCUUUAUUGUAUUUAGAACAACAUAUGGCUAUUACUAAAAAAGGUCUUUCAAAUUUAAAGGAACGUGAUUUACUUGUUAAAAUUUAUCUACAACUCGAGGAACCAGAUGGUAUAUCUGGAAUAUUAGCAUCUCAAAGUGAAAUUUUUUCUGUUGAACAAUUAGUAUUGGCACACAAAAUCAGUGGACAAUUUCAGGAUGCUGCGAUUUGUUAUGAAAAAAUGGCUCAAAGAAAAAAUAUGGAACCCAGAUAUUUGAAAGGAAUGAUCCAGUGUUAUUUAAGUCUUGAUCAACCUUUUACUGCCAUGUGUAUUACAAAAGGCAUUCUCGAAGACAGACCUGAACUAGAACCAGUGAUGUCGGAUUAUGAAUGUUUUUGGCGACUCGCACAAUUUGGCAAUGUCGAAGGCAAUGAAAAUGUGAAAAAUAAUUAUUUGGAAAAUUUGAAAAACUCAGUGAAACCCGAUUUAACGUCUGUUAAGAAAAAAAUACUCUCAUUACUUGCUGCUGCUUCUCAUCCUGGUGCUUAUGAACCUAGUUAUUCGUAUAUAAUGAAACUACAUAUAAUAAACGAGUUUGAGAAAGCAAUUGAUAAAAUAUUGGUGAAUGUAAAUAUAGUUCCAAGUAUUUUUGAGGAAUGGGAAAAAAGAUUUCAAUUGGUUAAGGCAUCGAGUGAAGUUGAAUUUGUUCUAAGUAUGCGAAGGGCAACAUUGGAUUUGGCAUUUUUAUAUCAACGAGAAACAAUGAAUGUUGAAAAUUCAGUGUUGAAGGAGGAAAUUGGAAAAAUUUGGAUUAAAAGUGCAAAAAUUGCUAGAAAAGCUGGAUUAUAUCAAAAAGCAUACAUGUACGUUCUGUCCGCCGGUGAAAUAUGUAAACCUCAGGAAUUAUGCACCGAAAUGGCCCAACUCUAUUGGCAAAAAGGAAAUCAAGAAUACGCAUUUGAUACAUUAAAAAGUUGUUUCAGUAGAUAUUUUCCAUCUGUCGAAGUUUUUAAACGAACACCUAUAAAAAAUAAUUUGGAUGAAAGAAAACAAUGUGCUAAGGCGAAACUUUUAUUUGCAAAAUAUAAUCAUGAAACUCAAAAUGUAGAUACAAAGACAAAUACAGGAAAUUUUAAAGAGGCAAUUGAAGUUUGGAGAUGCUGGGAAAAUAGUUACAUUGCAAUCGCUCAGUAUUAUGAAUCACUUGUUGAUAGAAUGAAAGAGGAUAUGAAGGAUGUCGAUGGACGUGAAAUGCAAUUGAACUCUCUAAUAUUUUAUGGAAAAUCAUUAAAAUAUGGUUGCAAACAUAUUCAUCAAUCAAUGCCAAAAAUUUUGACAAUUUGGUUGGAAUUUGCGUCAAGAACAAAUAAACGAGAUAAAAAUAAUACCGUUAUGGAAAUUCAAAAAGAUUGUAUGAGAAAAAUGACAGAAUAUAUUGAAUCGUAUUUAAAUUUAUUGCCAACUUUUACAUGGCUCACAGCAUUUAGUCAAAUUGUCUCAAGAAUUUGUCAUCCCGUUUCACAAGUUCAAAAUACAAUAAAAGAAAUUAUUGUGAAAUUGAUUCUUGCACAUCCUCAGCAUUGUCUUUGGAUGAUGGCUUCAGUUUUUCAGUCGGAAAAUCAACAACGCCAAAAACAAUGUAAUGAAAUAUUGUCGCAUGACAGAAUUAAAUUCUCUGAAGUAAUGAAGUUGAUUCAAGAUUUUCGUAAACUAUGGGCAAAUAUAAUCGAUCUUUCAGAUAAACCAGUUACUUCGAAUUUAUCUAAGACGACUGUUACUGCAUUGUCAAGUAAUUUGCCGUCACUUUUUAAAUCCUCUGGUUUUAGUACAAUAAUGAUGCCAACUUCGGAAUUCAGAAAAUUACAUCUUCCAUUAAAAGGAGAGUCGUUUAAGGAACAUGAACCUUUUAUAAAAAACUGGGUGAGCAUUGUUGGGAUCAACGAGUCAAUAAAUAUAAUGCAAUCACUUAUGAAGCCAAAGCAAAUUUCAUUGAGAGGCUCAGAUGGAAAACAUUAUCUUUUCAUGUGUAAACCAAAAGAUGAUCUUAGAAAAGAUUUUCGAUUAAUGGAAUUUAAUGAUAUUGUAAAUAAAUACCUUCAAAAAGAUCCAAUGUGCAGACAAAGAAGACUUUAUAUCAGGACAUACAGUGUCGCACCAUUAAAUGAACAAUGUGGAUUAAUAGAAUGGGUUCCAAAUUUAGUUGGUCUUCGUAAAAUUCUUAUGGAUUUAUAUAAGGAAAAGGGAAUUCAAUGCACUUAUCGAGAAUUAAAAACUUUGCUAUGUGAUUCUAAGGCAAGUCUUGUGGAAAAAAGGAAAUGUUUUAUUGGAAAAUUAAUUCCACGUCAUCCACCAGUUUUGAGUGAAUGGUUUAGACUCACGUUUCCAGAUCCUUAUGGAUGGUAUGAAGCUCGCACUGCUUAUAUAAGAACAACUGCAGUUAUGUCGAUGGUGGGCUACAUUUUAGGGCUCGGAGAUCGUCACGGAGAAAAUAUAUCGUUCGAUUCAAAAUGUGGCGAUUGUGUUCACGUCGACUUUAACUGUCUUUUCAAUAAGGGAGAAACUAUGGAAGUUCCAGAAAGAGUUCCAUUUCGUUUAACGCACAAUAUGACGAACGCAAUGGGUGCUUUAAAAUACGAAGGACCAUUUAGACGUUCAUGUGAAGUAACAAUGCGUGUUUUACGUGAACAAAGAACAACAUUAAAUAGUGUUUUAACACCUUUUGUUUAUGAUCCCCUUGUCAAUGAAUCUUCACGAAAUCGUAAAGGUGUUGUAUUACAAUUCGAUGAUAAAAGAAGAAAAUUAGAAUUACAAAUUAAUGAUAUUCAACAUCGUCUAAAUGGACAAGUGCGGGCAAUAGUUGAUAAAAGAGAAAAAAAUGAUGAUAACGAAAAACAAAACGAUGUCUAUCUCAGUGUUGAGGGACAAACAAAUUUACUUAUUCUUCAAGCUAUCAAUAUAGACAAUUUAUGUCAAAUGUAUCAUGGUUGGGGAGCGUAUAUGUAA